CCCCACCUCCGUCCCACCUCCUCUGACUUCAUCUCGUCGUCACCUCGCAAUCUUGGCUCCACGAUUAUAUCCUCCACACGCUCCGCUCCUGUCUCCUCUUGCGUCCCCGACUGCCUUCGCGUCGCUCCUUUCCUACCACGGGAGGCUGAGUGACCCGAAGUUGCAAAGGGCCGAGAGGGUACACAGUCAGUUCCAACACACGCUUUGACCCCCGCAUCAAGAAGAAGACUGACGCGCUGUUCUUGAAACAUCAUCCCAGGAACCUCUCUACUCUUUCAUAUCACAUCACCUCAGGUCGACAGCAAGAAUGGCCUCUCAGCGAUACAAGGCAAAUAGCUUGCACCGCUCCCGCGAAACACCGAUUGACAGCGCCCCUAGAAAUGCCGCUCCCGCUCACUGGGAGCGAGGUUGCUCCGGCAGAGACACCUCCAGUCACGCCUCCAGCCGCCAGCAGCAAGACCGCAACCGUCCGCGAGACCGUGACCGCAGCCGAUCACCCUACCGCGCUCCUCGCGGCUCCGAACCUGAGCGACCGCGCGACUCGCACAGCCAUAAGCGGAAAGCCUCUCGAUCACCAUCUCCUUACCGCCGCCCUCGCGGAGAGGAGCAUCGGAAUGACGAUGAUGAGAGUAAGGACGGACGCCGACACGAAAAACACGCUGAUGAUCGGGGUGCGUCUCGCAAGUACAAUGAUGUGAAUCGCCGUUCUCGAAUCUCCUAUGCGGAUCUGGCAAACAAUGACAGUAAUAGCUCGUAUGAGCACACUUCACAGGCCACCUCAGAUAGGAACGGUGUCGAUGACACCAAAAAAGCCGCCAAUCGUUCUCAAACACAGUCGACCGACACUCGAGAGCCAGAGAUAGAGGUUGCCCCUCCUGCGGACGAGGAAUCCGAGAUUGAGAAGCGAAGGCGGAGGCGAGAGCAACUCAAGGCCCGCUUUGGGUCACAGCCACAGUCUGCUCUCCUUCAGCAAGUUCUUGUUCACAAUGCAUCAGAAAGCAGUACUCCAAAUAUUGUCUCACCUGUUGACACGCCAGACAAGUUCACAUUGUCACCCACCAUGUCCCCCAUGUCUCCAGAUGUUCGGUCGCCGGAUAGUCAGAUGCAGGAUUCGCCGGGUUCGCCGGAUGUAAUGGUCCUUGACCGAGAAGAGGUCGCCGGCGGAUCCGAUGGAAUCAGCCCUACGGCGGAUAGCCCGUCGGCUGCUGAGUACGAUCCGACUCGAGACAUGCAGGAAGAUCAGGCCCGGGCCGCCCAACAAACGGGAAGGCCAGACCUCUUCACCGGUGCUUCGAACAAUAACGGUCCUGGACAACAGGAACAACUGGCGCCACCGAAGAAGAAGACUAAGAAGGAGAUUGAUAUGUUCGCCGACGACGAUGAGUUCGAAGAUAAUGAGGACAUCCAAGAGGAGACACAUAAACCAACAGUUCUCGAUGUACGUCUGCUUGACAAUUGGGACGACGCGGAGGGCUACUACAAGGUCCACCACAACGAACUCGUUGGCCCAAGCAACCGCUACAAUAUUGUCCAAACUCUUGGCAAAGGAGUCUUCGCAAACGUUGUCCGCGCCUCCGACAUGGCCUCAGUCGGAAAUCAAGGAACGGUUGCGAUCAAAAUUGUUCGCAGGAACGACUUGAUGAAGCAGGCCGGUUUCAAGGAAGUUGGGUUUCUAAAGCGCCUGAACGAGGCAGAUCCGGAGAACAAGCGGCACCUUGUCCAAUUCCUAGGCAACUUCGAGCACAAGUUCCAUUUCUGCAUGGUCUUCGAGGAUAUGAAGAUGAAUCUCAGAGACCUUCUGAAAACUGUUUCCGGCGGCGGUUUCGCUCUGAAAGCCGUCAAGUCGUACGCUCACCAGAUGUUUACGGGUCUUAAACUUCUAAAGGAUUGCCAGAUUCUACACGCAGAUCUCAAGCCCGACAAUAUCCUCGUCUCCCAUGACGACAAGACGGUCAAGCUUUGCGAUCUUGGUACUGCUAUCGACAUCCGCGACAACAACGAGCCAACGCAAUACCUUGUCAGCCGCUUCUACCGCGCCCCAGAAGUCAUUCUUGGGAUGGAGAGGAACUACGGCAUUGAUAUGUGGGCUAUUGGAUGCACCUUAUUUGAAUUAUGGACGGGCAAGAUUCUUUUCACUGGCAACAGCAACAACCAAAUGAUCAAAUCGAUGAUGGAAAAUCUAGGCUUCUUCACCGAAAAGUUCCUCAAGAAAGGCGACCCCAAUAUGGUUGGCCAGCACUUUUUGUUUCCUCCGCUCAAAUUCGCCAGCAAAGAAGUUGAUGAGUUUGGGCAACAACGCCUUCGCGCCCUCGACCCUUGGAAGAAACCUCCUAAAGACCUCCGAACCCGAGUGUUCAACGCAGCAAAAAACAUCGUCAAAGACCGACCGAUGGAUUCCGAAUUAAACGAUUUCGUCGACCUCCUUCUUGCGUGCCUGAAUCCGAACCCUGAUAAGCGAAUAAGUCCAGAACAUGCACUAGACCACAAGUUCUGCAAAAAGGCGAGGCUGGCCCCGUCGAAUCCGAAUACCAAGCUCGGUAGCUCAGGAGGCACUUUCAAGCCCAAAUCGGUCAAACCGUUGUCGGCGAGACCGACAGUGGUCAAACCGAAUCCGGCAAAGUAUGGGUUUUCCCUGAAAAAAUAGGUGCUUUUUCCGGUAAUUAAUGGAUGGAAAGCAGUAGAUGGGAGGUGGGCUUUCAUCUGUGCAUAUCUCUUCACUCACCGAGUUCAUUGGUUGGUUGAGGACUUCUCUUCUACAUGAAAGGCUUCUGGAGAGUAGUGUGUUUUCGGAUCGACGGCGGAAGGCAUCGUGUGGCCAGACGGCUUUUGCGUGAUAGAGCUACGGCUCAUUGUUAUUUGGUGCUAUGGUUACUAGACAUGACAGACACUAUGUGGUAGUGGGUGGUGUGAUCAUUUCCAGAUCAGACGGAUGCAGACAGUGUUUAGUGGUUAGUUAGCAAAUGGUUUAUCGUAGAGGUGGUGGAUCGAAUAUACCCAGUGAAGACA